AAAACUCCUGACUGGGUGGCAAGACUCUCACUGUGAGACGGACACGAGAAGGGAACGAUAAGUGACCGGUAUGACGUGUGACUAGUUCAACGAUGGGGGAGCCUGAGAAAGACUCGAAAAAUGAGGGGUUUGACCUGCAUAUGUUCCGCCGCUUGUGGAAGAUAAUCCGAAUUAUCUUCCCAGGAUGGUAUUCCGUACCAAGUGGGCUUUUCUUCCUUUUGCUUCUCCUCUGUUUUCUAGAGCAGUACCUGGCCUACUACAUGGGACUUGUGCCCAGUAAAUACUACACAGUGUUCAAUGACCGUGACAAGCAAGAGUUUCUAUACCUCACCCUCAAGGCCUGUGGAUUAAUUUUUUCCAUUGCAUCUGUGAUAAGCGUGAAGAAGUAUAUUGAAAGUGUUCUGUACAUCACAUGGCGGCAGAUUCUUUGUCGUGCUGUCCACAGACUCUACUUCUCGGGCAUUAAUUACUACUCUCUCAAUAUUUUAGAUAAAACUGUUGAUAAUCCUGACCAGAGAAUGACUCAAGAUGUAGACAAGCUCUGCCUAACUUUGGCCACAAUCACUACAAAGGUCAUAAUAUCACCUUUUCAAAUUGGUUAUUAUACAUACAAAGUAUUUGUAGGGACAGGAUGGCUUGGAACGCUGAGUAUAUAUGGACUUUUCUUCCUUGGUUCCGUUGUCAACAAACUGGUCAUGUCACCUGUGGUCAGAUUUGUCAUCAAGCAAGAAAAAUGUGAGGGAAAUUUCAGGUUUAAACACAUGCAGGUGCGUGUGAACUCUGAAUCAAUAUCAUUCCAUGUUUCUGGCCUGGUCGAGUCCUUCAAGACUAACCAGUCAUUGGACACACUGAUACGCUCUCAACAGAAGCUCUUUAACAGACAGAUUAUGUUGAAUAUGACACGUUAUGUCUUUGACUACUUGGGCUCAAUUAUAUCAUACUUAGCCAUUGCAAUACCAAUAUUUGGCGGCAAGUUUGGUGAUACUAAGGACAUUUCAUCUAUUGUCAGUGCAUACUCCUUCAUAUGCAUAUACCUGGUGUAUAGCCUGACUUCCCUAGUGGAUCUGGGCAGUCAGGUUGUCUUACUGUCGGGUGUGACGCACAGAGUAGCCCAGCUGGUAGAGUGUCUCCUCAAACUGCAGACUGAGUGGGACAUCACUACAUUGCAAGCUUCCUCCUCAUUUGCUAACAUCACCCAGAAUCUUAUUCGCAGACCAGACGUUGGUGAAGGAUGUUCGAGUGAUUCUAGAUGUCUGUUGGAUGAGAAUACAGAAAAUGAACCAACAGUUUGUGAAGAAGAUCAGAAACCAAUAAAUAUUGCAUUUAUUCUCAAUGAUGUGGAUAUAAUUGCUCCAGGAUCAACUAAGCCACUAGUUACAAAUCUUGAUCUGCAUAUCCAUAAAGGUGAAAAUCUCCUGAUAAUGGGACCAAGUUCAUCUGGGAAAUCUAGCAUUCUUCGAAUACUGGGAGGACUGUGGCCUGCUGCUCGAGGAACAGUUGCUCAUGACUUUCCUCCUGGACCUAAAUCUGUCAUCUUCCUGCCUCAGAAAUCACUCCUUACUAAUGGUUCUUUGCUAGAACAGAUUAUCUACCCAUUGAGACAAGAUCCAAAUAACCCUAUUAGCAAUGACACCUGCGAGGACAUCCUUAACCUCCUAGACUCGUUACAUAUGAGAGGCCUUGUCAACCGCUCAGGGGGACUGAACAAUGAUCCUGAGUGGAACUGGAGUGAUGCAUUGUCACCAGGGGAAAUGCAGCGAGUUUGUUUUUUGCGACUUCUCUACCAUCGACCACAGUUUGCCUUCUUAGAUGAGGCAACAAGUGCUCUGAGCUUAGAUGUUGAGGAGCAGCUGUACAAGGCUUGUUUGCAGCACAACAUUACUUUAGUGAGUGUGGGACACAGACACUCCUUAACAAAGUACCACAACUACUUGAUAACCCUAGAUGGAACAGGUGGCUGGAAGAAGGAGCCCAUUUGUCAAGAAUAUAAUGGAACUGAGCUUUGCACUCAGAAUGAAGACGCCAAGAUGUGAAGGCACAAAGAUACAGGUGAUAUUAUCUGGUGUUCCUUAGAAGCAUUGCAAGUAUCAAAUACAAGUAUAAGAGAUGUUUGUUCAUAAAUACUGUGUAUAAUUUUUUAUUUUUAUAGUAUUAACUGUCAGUAAAAGUAGGGGCCAUUUUGUGAAGCUAAGCAAUCGCUGAAUUUGACUACUAAUUAAAAUUUCAGACUGAAAAGCUUUGAUCUAAGGGUGAACACUGACCAUAAUGACUGGAAAUUUAGUGGAGUUUCCUCCUGAGAGGUAAAUUUCCGUAAAUUUCCGUCUGUAUAGUAUUUCAUAUCAGUCUGUUGUGGAUGCUGUUCUCUACAUAUGUCAUGUGAUACUGAUCCCAGUGAUAUUCAGGACUACCGUCAUUGUGUGUGGAAUGCUUUCUUCUCGUGUAGCAGGGUUUAAAUGAAGUAUUUCCUGGGCAUGUUAUUGACUAAUAUUCAGGGGAUUCUAUUUUUAAUGCAGAUAACAGUUAUGCAACACAUGAAGCAUUUUGUGAAUUUUCUAAUACUGUAAAAUUUAUCCUUUGCUAAUAAUAUGUGCCUUGCAAGUUUUUAGCUUCAUGAUUCUCAGUUUUUGUUAGUAGUAGGAAAGAACUUGUUGGGUUAUUUACCAUUUGAAUGUAAAUAAUCAAUCAUUCUUUAUUAGAGAAAGAAGUUGAGAAUAUAAACAGAGAAGAGGUUUGGUGUUAGUAUUAUUAUAGGUUCUGAACUUUUGUUUUGAAUUGACUGAAAUAUUUUUAGCUUUCCUGAAAAAAUAACAUGAACAGAUUUUUAUUAUACUUAACAUUUUUUGAUAUAUUUAUAAAUAUUUAAAAAUUGAGUGUGUAACAUGUCCAUGCUCUAUAAAUUAUUUUUUUUUAAACAAAAUUUAUAAAUCAUUCUAGAGUAGUGUGGAAUGUAUCCAUGUAAACUGUUGGGAAUGCUAUGUAUAUAUUUACACUAUUAGGUCAUGAGUAUGUAAAUAGCUGUUUUUAUAGGGUUUGCACCUUCUAAAGGUACUAAAGCUUAAAAUGGCCAUGGGUAAUUUUGUUCCUACCAGACCAUGUAUCCCGAGUGACCUUGCACUGACCUAUGUAUCUUGUAAAUAAAGUUAUGGAUCAAUCAA